AUGCGUUUCUCAUUCUCCGCCGCGGUCCUCGCCGUCGCCGCCAUGGUCGUCCUCCCCAGCGCGCUCGCCGCCGCCGUCCCCGAAACAGUCACCUGGAACGGGCUCGACUUCACCCUCCCCCGCCGGGACCUCACGACGCGCGACUCGACAUGCGGCGUCAAGGAAGGCAUCCACUGCGCCGUGAUGGUCGCCGCCACCGCGGGCUGCUUCGCCACCGUCGCCCUCGGCACCUUCGCCACCGCCGGCGCCGCCUUCGCCGCCUACCUCGGCUGCGCGGCCGCGGGUGAAGGCGCCGUCAUCUCGUGCCUGCCGUGCCUCGAGAAGGCAUGGGAUAAGUUGGUCGACCUCGCACAUAAGCAUGGCAAGCACCUGCCGUGGGAAGACCAGGGCCCGGCGGCGGUCGGGGCGGCCUUCCCGGCCCCGUCGCCGGAGGCCGUCAAGGCUUGCUUGCUUGACUUGGUCGACAACGAGAAGUACGAUACGGCGAGCGCUACCAGGUUCUGUAACCUUCACUGA